UCCCCCUCAGCUGGUGGCAGCAGCAGUGGUAAUGCCGACGCGGGAAGGUGGCCCGCAGGAGGGAAGGGACGUCCUCAGGGCGAGGGCGGGGUAGUUCCACCCACAGCCGAGAAAACACGGCCGACGGAUCGCUGCACACACACACACACACACAGCGCAUGCACUGGUAUGACUCAAUGGUCGCGAUGCCCAUUCUCUUGGGUCACCUUUGCAAUGCUGUGCGGUGGUCCACGAAAACUUCCUGACGGCCCGUAGGUAGGUCUCCCGCACCUGGAUGUCACAUCGCACUCACUCGACUCACCGCUGCCCUCCGCCGCCCCUCCCCUGUGCUCCAGGAAGGCCUUCACGACAGCUAGGGUGCCGUUGGAAGGCUGUUUAUCGCCCUCUGUUGGUCUGGCGGGGUGGCUUCGCCGGUCGGAGACAAAGAGGUAGGUCUCGCCGGGUAGGUCUGCCUCCAUGGACACCACCACCGGGCCAGGUGAC